AUGGUCUUUCCUGCGACGGGUCCCGUGCCCGAAAUACCCAACAAGGACAUCUGCUCGUGGAUAUUUGACGAGCCAAAGUAUGAUGUGAACAAGCCGAUCUUCGUCGAUGCAACAAACACCAGCCGCUCAAUAUCGCACGUCCAAGCACGCAAGAUCAUCCGUCAGUUGAUCGCGGGGUUACACAAGGCCGGCGUCAAACGGGGCGAUUGCGUGCUCAUACAUUCGUUCAACGACAUCUACUACCCGAUCUUCUUCCUCGCCAUCACCGGCGCAGGAGCAGUAUUCGCCGGCUCGAAUCCGGGAUACACGCCCCUCGAACUGAGACAUCACGCCAAGAUAACCAACGCGCGAUUCCUCAUCAGCGAACCCGAGCUCCUCGAACCGCUCCUCGAAGCCGCAAACGAGACGGGGAUCCCGCGCUCCCACAUCCGCAUCUUCAACACCCAACCCAGUCAGACCAUCCCGGCCGGCUUUCUCAGCUGGACCGAGCUCCUCGACCACGGCGAAGAAGACUGGGUCCGCUUCGACUCGCUCGCGACCAGCACGACCACGCCGGCCGCGUACUUUACCAGCUCCGGCACCACGGGCCUCCCAAAGGCCGCCAUCACGUCGCACCGCAACCUGAUCGCGCAGCACGAACUCAUCUACUCGCCCACGGUGUACAAGCGCACGUACGAAGUGAUCAACAUCUACCCGCUGCCCAUGUUCCACGCGGCCAUCGCGCCGCGGUGCCACACGUCGACGCUCAAGCUCGGCGAGACGAGCUACGUGAUGCGGCGGUUCGACCUGGAGACGUACCUGGCCAACAUUGAGAAGUUCAAAGUCACCGAGCUGUACCUCGUGUCGGCCAUGGCCGUGGCGAUCGCCAUGUCGCCACUGCUGAAGAAGUACUCGCUGCGGUCGAUCCGGGCGGGCCUCGCGGGCGCGGCGCCGCUCAGCAAGGAAACCCAGGCGGCCAUCCGGGUAUACCUGGCGCCCGGCGCGCCCUUUUGCCAGGUCAUGGGCAUGACCGAGGUGUCGUGCAUCUUGACCAUGUUCCCCUGGCCCGAGGACGACGUGACGGGGUCCGUCGGCCGGCCCAUCCCGGGCGUGGAGCUCAAGCUGGUCGACGACGCGGGCGCCGACAUCACGGCCUACGACGUGGCCGGGGAGAUGUGCGUGCGCGGCCCCACGGUCGUCAGCGGCUACCUCAACAACCCGCGCGCCAACGCCGAGUCGUUCGACGCCGACGGCUUCUACCACACGGGCGACAUCAUGUACUGCGCCGGCCACUCCAAGCUGUGGUACGUGGUCGACCGCAAGAAGGAGCUCAUCAAGGUGCGCGGCUUCCAGGUCGCCCCGCCGGAGAUCGAGGCCGUGCUGCUCACGCACCCGGACAUUGUCGACGCCGCCGUCAUUGGCGUCCCCGCCGCGAGUGCGCUCGAUGGGGAAGCCCCGCGCGCGUACGUCGUGCGCAGGCCCGGCGUUUCUCCGGCCGAGUUGACGGACCGCGACGUCUACGACUGGGUGGCGGGGAAAUUGACCAAAUAUAAGCGCCUCGACGGCGGCGUGCAGUUCCGCGACGUGAUUCCGAAGAAUGCAAGCGGCAAGAUCUUGAAGCGCAUCCUGAGGGACGAGGCAAAGAAGGAGGUGGCCGGCCCCAAGUUGUAG